CACGCCGACAUGAACGCGACCAUCACCGCCGCCCAUCCGCUUAUAAAAGGCGCCCCAGCGCUCCGUCCUGCUACACUGACUCUCACAGCUCCGGCAACUACAGAGAUCCACCAUGAAAUUUGUGGCUCUCGCACUGGCGGUCCUGCUGGCCGCAGGCGCCCAUGCACGAGUCCUGCAGGCUGAUGCCCCCUCCCAGCUGGACCAUGUGAAAUCAGUUGUAGAUGUGUACCUGAAUCAGGUGAAGGAUUCAGUGAACAAGGCCCUAGAUCAUCUGGAUGACACCGAGUACAAAGAUUACAAGCAAUACGUGACUGAGGGCCUCAACAAGGUUCAAGACAUAAUUACGAAAUCCACAGACACCGUGGUCCCCUACGGUCAGCAGCUGGCGGUCAUGACCGAAGACAUCCGUGCAAAGAUCUUGAACGACAUCGAUGGCCUGCGCACACAGCUGGAGCCCCAGCGUGAAGAACUGCGCAAGGUCAUCCAGAAGCAUCUAGAGGAAUACCGCGAGAAGCUGAUUCCCGUCGUGAAGGAGUACUCAGAGAAGCAUCGUCAGGAAAUGGAAGCGUUCCGGGCGAAGAUGGAGCCCGUAGUAGCCGAGUUGCGUGGGAAGGUCGCGACCAAUGUCGAGGAAACCAAGUCCAAGUUGAUGCCUAUUGUGGAAGCUGUCCGUACCAAGGUGAACGAGCGCUUGCAGGAGCUCAAGGAAAUGGUUGAGCCCCUUGCCCAGGAAUACAAGGAGCACCUGACUAAGACAUUCACCAACCUGAAGGACGGUAACCAAGACCUCCAGAACAAGCUAAAGCCCCUGGCUGAAGAAGUGAAGGAAAAGCUUGCAGCCAUGUAUAACGUCAUCAAGGGCCACCUCCAGCCCUAAAUGUGUGCCCACUCACCUGCCUCGCCAGUCAGUCUCCUACACUUUAAUGGACACCCACAAACACAUGCAUAAGACACGCUUUGCAAGCACCACAUCGGAAACACCUUUGUGUCACAAUUGUGGCAAAUAGAAACAAAAAAAAGACAAUGAUCUGAUUGACAUAGUCACACAUUAUAAAGCUUGCUCUGUAUUGGUGGCAGGUACUGAUCUGACCAGUGGUGUGAUUCCUGUGGGAUGUGAGGGCAGUGCGUGCCCAGCCACCGUGUUUGAUGUCUGUACAUCCAAACUGCUGCUUGAACCCCACCCUGCUGCAUGGGUUUUUCUUUUUUAACCUUUCAGCCUUGUAAUCUUCACCCCAGACCUCCAACCGAUAACGUUUAACCAAUAAAAUCUAUAUCAUUUAA